CCGGAGCGGAGCGGGCGCGGCCGGAGCGAUCGGAGCGGAGCCGCCGCGAUGCCCAAGGCGCGGGCCGGGAAGCGGCCGGAGCGCCGGGAGGGCCGCGCCGGUGGCAUCCUCUUCAACACCGGGGCCGGGCAGCACAUCCUGAAGAACCCCCUCGUGGUGAACAGCAUCAUCGAGAAGGCUGCCCUGCGCCGCACGGAUGUCAUUCUGGAAGUGGGCCCGGGAACUGGAAACCUGACAGUAAAGAUGCUGGAGAAAGUGAAAAAAGUUAUUGCAUGUGAAAUUGACCCUAGACUUGUUGGUGAGCUUCAGAAGAGAGUCCAGGGCACGUGUCUAGCAAACAAACUUGAAAUCAAGGUUGGAGAUGUCUUGAAAACAGAUUUACCAUUCUUUGAUGCAUGUGUGGCUAACUUGCCUUACCAGAUUUCUUCACCUUUUGUUUUCAAGUUAUUGCUUCAUCGACCUUUUUUCAGGUGUGCAAUCCUUAUGUUUCAAAGGGAAUUUGCCCUUCGUUUGGUUGCAAAACCAGGAAGCAAACUGUACUGCAGGCUCUCUAUUAAUACUCAGUUACUGGCUCGAGUGGACCAUCUGAUGAAGGUUGGAAAGAACAACUUCAGGCCUCCUCCCAAAGUUGAAUCCAGUGUUGUCAGGAUAGAGCCAAAGAACCCACCACCACCUAUCAACUUCCAGGAGUGGGAUGGUCUGGUAAGGAUAGCCUUUGUUAGGAAAAACAAGACACUCUCUGCAGCAUUUAAAUCAAGUGCAGUAGAGCAGUUGCUGGAUCAUAAUUACCGAGUUCAUUGUUCCUUACAUAAUACAGAAAUCCCUGAAAAUUUCAAAAUUGCAGAGAAAAUACAGACAGUUCUAAAAGAUACUGGUUACUCUGAAAAACGAGCCCGUUCAAUGGAUAUAGAUGAUUUCAUUCGAUUACUACAUGGCUUCAAUUCAGAAGGCAUCCAUUUUUCAUAGAUACUCCUACAAGAACGAAAGAUGCGGUAUUUUUUCACCAAAGUUUUACCCAAGCCAGAGUGACUGCAGUGGGACAAGCUCCUCCUAAAAGCAAUGAACAGAAUACAGUGUGUAUGCUUGGACUCAAAAUGUUAGAUAUGGUUCUAUCACAGACAGUAGGCAAGAAGCUGCUGCUCAGUAAGCAGUAAAUUCUUUCAGAGCUGAAGCGAGGUGCUGGACUGCGUCAUGACUUGUGUUUUCCUAUAUAUAUAUCCAAAACAUGGAUUGAUGAUAAUUGAAAUCUAUGUUCUCCAAUGAUGGACUUCAUCUCAGUAUAUUCAUGUACAAUACUCAACAGUACAACCCAUAAUGGGUGUGGACAACAAAAGGAAAGUUGUAGUAAUUGCUUUUUUUUUUAAUCAAUCAUUGGUGUGUUUGUUUUAAAGUGUAUUUAAACACUUCCUUUUGAUUUGAGAUGCCUGUCUCUCUCAUGCGUCUGGUAAAUACCAGCACUUCAAGCUUGUUAGUUGUCUGCUUCUCUUAGAGAACCCCAAUGAGAAAACAAAAGAAUUUA